UAGGCCACAGAUGAGGUUUCACAACAGAAACCGAAUGCAGAGAGAGGAAUAAAAACCACUUUGCUGCAAGGCUGGAAUUGGGCUAGGAAGAGCCCAGGCUGCCUCUGCCCGGCAUGGCACACGGCCCGGGGAGCUCUGCCCUGCUGCCCAGCACGGAAGUGCAUGCACGAGUUGGGCUGGCGGUGCUGUUGCUCGUGUGUCCUGCAUGGUUGGUCCCUUGACCCGGAGUUCGGCUCAGCUGGGCAGAAAUGUCAAAGACGGAUCGAGGACUGCCUGCCCCCGCUGGAGAGCUCGCCCGCCAAGAGGUUCUCCCCCUCCAAGCGCAAGCAGCACUACAUCAACCAGGCCAUCCGCAACUCCGACCUCAUCCCCAAGGCCAAGGGGCGCAAGAGCCUCCAGCGUCUGGAGAACACCCGCUACCUGAUGACCCUUCUGGAGCGAGACGAGUGUGGCACCGACGAGGGGGACCUGGCUUACCCGGCCACCCCCAGCAUCUUCACCGAGGCUUGCAACAACGAGACCUACAUGGAGAUCUGGAACGACUUCAUGAACCGGUCGGGCGAGGAGCAGGAGAGGGUCCUGCUCUACCUGGAGGGAGAGGCCAAGAAGAAGCACAAGAGGAAGCUGCCCGUUAAAGCGGAGGACAAGUGGAAAGAGCACCCCGCCUACACGCCCCAGGAGUGCUUCCAGCGCAUCAGCCGCCGGCUCCGCUCCACGCUCAAGCGAGGCAGGAUCCCGCUGGGGACCCUGGAGGGCCUGGAGGAGGAGCUCCUGGGUUUUUUCUCUGUCACCCCCCAGUCCGUGUACACCGCGAUGAUGGACAACAGCUUUGAGCGGCUGCUGCUCCACGCGCUCUGCCAGUACAUGGACCUCGUCUCUGCCAGUUCCGACUUUGAAGGGAAACGCCAAAUGAAAGUGAGCAACAAGCACCGCGUCUUCCUGCCCCCGGAGCUCCUGCUCUCGGCCUACCUGGAGCAGAUGAGCUGAUACGCCGCGGACCCCCGCCCCUCCUGCUCCGACCCCGCUCCCUGCUGCCUGCCCGCCUGCCCCCCUUGCGCGGUGGCCUGGCCGGUGGGCGGCUUUGUGUGGAGCGGGGCUCAAUCCACAACGUGUGCCCUGCUUCAAGGCAUGAAAUCUCUUCCCUUCCCCGUCCCUGGAGCUCUGCAGGGAUCUCCCAAAACUCCUGUCUCUCCCCUGGGAGGCACAAACGUACCACAGGGUCUCUAGCUGGCUCUUUCCUCCCUUCCGGCACAGAGCCUGCUUGGUCUGUAUUAAGGAAGGCACCAGCUCCUUUCUUUGCAGAAGCCCUGGCAUCUCUGUCCCCGUGGUGGGGCCACCUCCCAGCUGUGUGCAGGUACCAGCCCCUGUGGGCUGCAACCUCUCUGGAUGUCCAGGCUGGGGGGGAGCAGGGAGAGGCACUGUUUUAUGGGUCAGUCUCACUCACAUUUUUGGGGCUCGUUUGGGCUAUUAAAAGCCUGUCGGAGGCUGCAGCAGCCUUACUCUGGCUUAGCUCCCCGCACAAGCUGCCCUGCUACCCUAAAUGCUUCAGGUAUUUAAAGUGAUCUCCAUAGGAUACGACCCCCCUGGGCUCUUCCCUGCACUGGAGAGGCCAGGUCUCUCCCGUAGGGUGGGUGAGCCUCAAAGGCGGGAUGAUUCGACCUUUCGAUCCUUGCCCUUGUGAUCGCAGGGGACUCCAGGGCCUUGACCUGCUGUGCAGACAUCGCCGCGCGCAGAUGGCCAGCCCCUGCACCUGCUGCGGGUCCGGCGGGGUGGAAGCAUUUCUAUUUAUAACCCAGCUGGCUCUAAAAAUAGGCGCGACGACUCCAGCCCCCUCCUCGUGCCAGUGGCGCUGCUGCCGGGGAAAUCUGCCCCGACGAUCAAACAGCUCCUCUUGCCUCUCCGCCCCUGCGAGCUGUGCAGCUGCAGCUGGGCAGCUCGCGGCCCCAUACCUAAGCCCAUGCUUGAAGCUUUAAACCUGGGCUUAAGUGCUGGGCUGCGUCUGGGGGGUGGUCCUCCGAGGAGGAGGAUUUCUCUCCUCCAUUUACAUUUUGCAAAUAGGUGGGGGGACGUCCCUGCAUCAGUGAUGCUGUCUGGGACGGGGGCAGCUGUGAGAGCCUGUGAUUAGUUUUUUGUGCCUCUCUUUUUCCCUCUCCCAGGGCAAGCACUCCUAAAGCCAGAGCAGCCCUGUGGAAAGCCUCUGCCCCGGCACUUGCCUCCCCGUGCCCGUCCAGAGCCAAACACUUGCCUCUUCAGGGGUCUGGGUCUUGCCGUAGCCAAACGGCCCCGAGCACUGCCUUCCUCCAGCUAAAGGCUCAUCUCCAGGGUUAGGUCCCAGGGGAAGGGGGUCUGUUUUAGCUCUCGUGGCAGCUCUGGGGGGACGGGCUGGGUGUUGGCACCAGCCCCGUCCCAUCGCUUCUCCCUGCAGCCUGGCACCGAAGCUGGGCUGCAGCAGCUGAAGCGUCAAUGCAGAGAGCAGCGAGAUUUAAUGCCAAGGGCUGGCUUUCUCUGCAGGGCAGGGCUCCCAUCCUUUUUAAAUGUAAUAUAGCGUGUCCUUUUUUUAUACAUAUUUGUGUGUGCGUGAUUUAACUCGGGCCCCGGCUGCCCCGCCGCUCCCAAGGUGGCUGGAGCUCAGCGUUGCAGCUCCGCCACCCUGGGCAGCUGGGCGCGCCGGGGCACGGGAGUGUUUCGUGCUGUGGUGCUGUGUGAAAUGGGCUUGGUUUCCAGCGCUGUAGGGCUGCAGACUGUGCCGCCUGUGGUUUUUUUAACGUGUACGCUCUGUGGGGUUUUUGUGCGUGUGUCUGUGUAUCAAGGGCUUCUCUUCGGUGUAUAUAGCAGCUGGUUUGAAAGGGACGCGCUGGGCUCGGGGUGCUGCUGCCUUGCACUUGUGUGCGUCACUGCUCACGGCUGUACAAAAGCCUCGUGCAUGCCCGUGCCGGGGGGGAGCUGGGGUGGGUCGAGGAUGGGGGGUCGUGGUGCUUCUUGCGCUGGGUGAUGGAUGGGGUUUGCUGCCUUUGCUGGGAUCGCUCCCGAUUCACCCUGGGUGCGAGCAGGAUUGGGGAGAGCAGGGCCGUGUCACACUUCACCACCACGGCAUCGAGCGCUGGGGGCAAGGAGGACUUGCUCCCCCAGCAGCGGGGAGCGAAUCGGGCCCUUUUAUAGCAUCUUCUGCUCCGAUCAAAUCCUCCCGAAGGCCCAGCUCUCCCAUGGGUCCCCAUCACUGGUGCCUCCUCCUUCCACCUCUGCCCUCUUGGCAAGCCAAAGUGAUCUUCGUGGCCCCGCCAGCGUCCCGUGCAGCCGAGCGCACACUGGGGCCUGCGGCGUGUGGCCCGUGGUUGUGUCGUUGCUUCGGGAGCAUGGCAUCACGAUUUCCUUCCUCUUAAAUGUGUUCGAUGCCCCGAAUCCAGCUCCAGCUCUUGCCACUGCUCCUUUUGCUGGUUGCUGUGGGGGGCUGGGCUGGGGAAGGCGAGGACACGUACAGAGCCGGGAGGCAUCUGCACGAGAACAAUAAACCAUGGUGCUCCGGA